UGUAUUUAAGCAGCAAGGCCUGACCGGAAGUCCAUUUUUCUCCUUCCGUUUCAUACUCGACAAAAUCUGCGUUAGGUGACGAUGAGUUUCUGAAGAUCUGAUUCCCCUAACAACCUGAAUUCAUAGAUCAUCUUCCUCCGAUCGCGUGAAAAACAUGGCCAAGGAUGUCGAAGUUAACGGAUUCAACCCAGGAUUGAUUGUCUUACUCCUUAUUGGUGGGCUUGUGCUGACGUUCCUUAUUGGGAACUAUGUCCUUUAUGUGUAUGCCCAGAAAACCCUUCCUCCAAAGAAAAAGAAGCCGAUCUCCAAGAAGAAGAUGAAGAAGGAAAGACUGAAGCAAGGUGUUUCAGCACCCGGAGAGUAGAUGUUAAUACACUGGAGGACAAGAACGUGUCUGAAUUCAUGUCCAUCAGCUCUAAAAUCAGAUGAUUGUAAUUCUUAAGGUUACAUUUUCUUGUCAAAACAGAUAGAACAUCAAAAACUGCUUUUGCUGCCUUUAUUUGUGCUACUGACUGAGAAAUUUUCAUAGAAGCUACUGAUUUUCCUUUUU